GCCUGUAUGUUUGGUCUUACUGUCACACUUACAGCACAGGGCACAGAGUACAUAAUAUUAUUAUAUUAUACUGUGUGUGUUGUUUUCGCAUCUCAAAACGGAUGUUAAAUCCAAAUAAAAUAUUUUAAUCUUAUCUAUAAUGUUUAUUUGAUCGUACAAUAAUCGGGUUGAUAGAAUAUCAGCAUCAUAUCUCAUGUAAUGCCUGUCAAUUCACUAAAGCGUAACAGUGAACGGGGGAGAUAAUUUAUUGUAAUUCCUUUCAGUUAGUUUUCAACUAAAUGUAAUUUGGCGCUCAUAAUGGAAGAUUAUAAGUUUCUUUUUAAAGUUGUGUUAGUGGGUAAUGCUGGUGUCGGUAAGACCUGUUUAGUCCGAAGAUUCACACAGGGCUUGUUCCCACCAGGCCAAGGUGCUACAAUUGGUGUUGACUUUAUGAUCAAAACUGUGGAAGUCGACGGAGAGAAAGUGAAGCUUCAAAUAUGGGAUACCGCAGGACAGGAGAGAUUUAGAUCUAUAACUCAGAGUUAUUACCGCUCUGCACAUGCAUUGAUAUUGGUGUAUGAUAUAUCUUGCCAGCCUACCUUUGAUUGCUUGCCAGAUUGGCUCAGAGAAAUAGAAGAAUAUGCUAGUCAUAAGGUUCUUAGAAUAUUAGUUGGCAAUAAAACUGAUAGAGAGGACAGAGAAAUCCCUCGGCAUAUAGGAGAAGAUUUCGCACAAAGACAUGGGAUGUAUUUCUUAGAAACAUCGGCAAAAGAAGCAGAGAAUGUGGAAAGGCUGUUUAUGGAGAUAGCUGUUGAACUAAUGGAGCAAGCAAAAUGCAAGGAGCUGCCCAAAUAUGACGGCAGCCUAGGUCCAAUCAACGGCAAGACGACAUCUGUAGGCGAUGGCUCAUGCUGUCUCCGAUCGUAAACCUGACGAAUUUAUCUCAUUGAUAUUACUAGUGUUGUAAAACUCGUUGUUUUAUAGAGUUAAUUUAUUUUUUGGGUAUCGACGAUGAAUAAUCGAGGAUUUUAUU